AGAUUCAGUCAGGUGCGAAGCACCGAGCGAUACGGACGUGUUCGUCUCCAGUGAGUCAAGAUAAAACCGCAUUGAAUAAGAACCAUCCAAGAUCCGUUCGAAUCCAAGAUCACAACGCCAAGAAAGUGAGAUUUGUGAAGUGAACAGUACUGAGAAAAAUCCCAAAUCCAAAGACUGUUAAAGCAAAUACGCAAAUCAGCCCCAGUGAGAUUCCAAAAAGUAAAGAUCCAAAAUCAAAAUGAAUCACCUAUCUCCGCCGCCAUCGCCGCACUCCCAGCAGCCGAGUCCCGCGGGAUUGGGCUGCCAUGGAGCAGCUCUGGACAAGCAGUGGAUGCAGCGGGCUUCCGCCUUCAACACUGUGAUAGCCUCCGCAGCAGCACAGAAACUCAAUGGCCGAGAUCUGCCCUUUUUGUACAACCCGUUGCUCUACUCGAGUGCCCUGCUGUGGCCCCAAUUUCUGUUGUCCUCGGCCACGGCUCUGGGUACUCCACUGACCCCCAUGACCCCCAAAUCGCCCGCCUCUGUGGUCUUGGGUCAGCGGGAUCGUGACUUUGCCUUGACGCCCGAAAAGGAGCAUGAGCUCCAGUUGAACAAUAACAAUGAGAACAGCAAGCAGGACUAUCAGGAGCAGGAUGAGGAUAUGCCACUAAAUCUGAGCACCAAGGAGCGCAUCACAUCGGAUGAUUCCAACCGAGAUCAGUAUCACAGCAGCAGCAACAACAGCAGCAGGAGCAGCUCCAGCAGCGAAGUGGAGCCACUGCAUCCGAUGACCUCCCUGAACGUGACCCCGCCUCCACUGAGGGCUGUGAAUCUGAAGAGUUCGAGUACACCACAGCAACAGCGCCAGAGAUCGCAGGGUAACAUCAUUUGGUCACCGGCCUCGAUGUGCGAGAGAUCGACGAGAAGGGAGCAGUACGGCCUGAAGAUGGAGGAGCAGGGCGAUGAGGAGGAGCACCAGGUGGAUCCCAUUGUGCGAAAGUUCAAGUAUGAGCGCAGGACUGCAUCCAUAUCCUCGCUGCAAUCGCCGAUCUCCUCGCUGUCCGCUCCCGCCUCGAAUGCCGUCCAAGAUCUGGAGUUCGAGGUGGCCCAGCAGCAGUUGUAUGCCCAUCGCAGCGCAUUCAUGGCCGGAUUGACGGGCAACAACCUGGAGCUGCUCACCCAGCACUUGAAGCUGAAGAGCGAGCAGCCGCAGCAGCAGCAACAGCAUCGCAUUAAGGACGAGCAGCAGCAGGAUAACCGCUCGGCAGCGGCGCUCAUGAAUUUGGUGGCAGCCGCCGAAUUCGGCUACAUGCGUAAUCAACACCAACAGCCGCAGCAGCAGCAGCAACAGCAGUUGCAUCACCAGCAGCAGCCGCAGCAACAUCAGCAUCAGCAGCAACAUCCUGACUCGACGGCCACAGAUGUUGCGCGUCGUUCGUCCUCUUCGUCAUCCUACCAAGGCGAAAACGAGGAGAAGCGCAGCGGCAGGAAUUUCCAGUGCAAACAGUGUGGCAAGAGCUUCAAGCGUUCGUCCACCCUGUCCACACAUCUGCUCAUCCACAGCGAUACGCGGCCAUAUCCCUGCCAAUAUUGUGGCAAGCGGUUCCACCAAAAGUCGGACAUGAAGAAGCACACGUACAUACACACCGGCGAGAAGCCACACAAGUGCACCGUUUGCCUGAAGGCCUUCAGCCAGAGCUCCAACCUGAUCACGCACAUGAGGAAGCACACGGGCUACAAACCCUUCGGAUGCCACCUCUGCGAUCAGUCCUUCCAGCGCAAGGUGGAUCUGCGCCGUCAUCGGGAGAGCCGCCAUGAGGAGGCUCCGCCAGUGGAGGACCUGAAGCCCCUGAAGAUGGAGGUGAGCAGCAGCAGCUGCUGACCAAGGCUAGGCGGCAAUCUCUGAUCCAGGAGAUCCCAGUAUUAGCUAAGCAGGACGAGACACACACUCAAAACCAGAUGAUGAUGGUGAUGAUGAUGAUGAAGGUGGAGCAGAUCACAGUUGGCCCUAAGUCUAAGUCGUUGCUAUGAAGCCAAAGUUUGUUUUGUUUAGGCCUUCGCAAAGAUUUACGUAAUCGUAAGAAUUAUUGUUAAAACCUAUUAGCUAAGAUACUGCCUUAAGUCUGUACAUAGUUAUCCCAAACAAGACUCUUUUUAUAGCCGUUAAACACUAGCUUAAUGACUAAUCUUAUUUAUUGCAUUAGACGUUUUUGAUUUGAUUCAAACUUAACCCAAAAUUGGCAGCUAAACGUACCAAAGAACAACCUCAAACAAAUGAACUACCACUUGGCGACCACUUGUCUAAAUUUAGUUUCCUAAUUUAUUUAAGUUUAUUAAUGACAUCACCCACAUUUAUUUAUACGAUCUAUGCGAAUUUUUAGUUUAUUCUUAUUUUGUAAUAAACCCAAUGACUUAUUGUAAUUAUAUUUAUUAGGAGCGUAUAUGAUUUUUGGAAAAUAAAGUUGAAAGC